CAUGUAUCUAACUGAAUCUCUUCUAAGCGGUUGGUUUAACCUCCAGCUUGGUAGCAAAACUGAAAUAUCCUGUCGCCAAAGGAUGCAUGUCUCAAAAACGUGUCCGUCACCAACAUGCCAAGUUUGGAAAGCUCUGUUCUGCAGUGUAGAAUAUGCACCCCAGGGGGCGCUGCGCAAACGAAAGGAACAUUUAGGGCUCUUUUGCGGGUUGAAUGCGAAGACGCUUCCUGGGCGGAGCUCUCCUCCUCCUCCUCCCACGUGGGUUCAUUCAUUCCCGGGCGAGCCUGAAGUCUCCGGGCUCUUCGUGCCUGCCUUUAUGGCUCCUGCAGUCUUCUUGGAAAUCAGGCAGAGGACGCAGAGCGCGCUGCUCCUUCUCCGAGACCUGAAGCUGGAAAGCUGUCCAGUGGAUAUUACUGUGAUGCCAUCCUUGAUAGAGCUUAAAAUUGGUGAAGACUGCAUGGCGCUGAACCUUCCAGGAGAGGUCAGGAUUGUUCCUUCCUCCUGCCGCGGACUGCAGUAUGUGCCAGGCGAUGGCUUACAUAUGCGAUUUCUAGUUCAAGCAAGUUUAAAUUCAAAAAUGCUAACCGCUGUUGGUGACAAUCCUAAAGCUAAAAAGAGUUGCACUUUUUAUUGCCAGACUUGUGGUGAGAGUAUAAUAAGGGAUCGGACCUUUCUCAGAGUCCUUUCCCUUCCCAAUGAGGACUGGAGUGACUUGGUGGACGAGUGGUGUUGUCAUCCUAACCCCUUCACUGACAACAUGUUUCAGCCAAAGAAUAAUGACUGUUUUCUGGGACACAACUACUUCCUGAUUAGUCCAGAAAGUGAGUCACCUGAGCCAGGACUUGAAAUCUGUCAUUCAGAAUCUCAGUGUGCUACUUCUAAAAGCAGCGAUUCACCCUUGAAUUCAGAGACAAAUAGCAGAGUAAUUUGCAAGCGCUGCAAAACAUUGCUGGGAGAGGUUAUGCCCUCAGGUGUCACAAAGUACUAUUUCACUGAAUUGCUUGUUCAGCCGUCAGAAGACUGCUUCAACACAAUACCAAGGUCUCUCUUUAUACAGAGCAUUGUAGCCCAGUGCCUGGUGGAGCUUUCUUCAGCUAGAAGCACAUUUAGAUUCAACAUACAAGGGACUGAUGGGGCAGUCUAUAUCCUGAUCUGGCUACUAAAUUCUGAUACGUUGUUGGUGGAGUCUUUGGGAAACUUAACAUCCACUGUGGCUUUUUCAUUGCUUGAACAUGACUUAUCGUCUGCUUCAAGGCCUUCAGAGAUUCAGAGAGCUAUUAAAGUUCUCUAUCAUCCCUGCAUAAAAAGCAGAAAUAAGGAUCUCAUUGAUACUUGGAAAAAUGACAUUGGAGUACAUCCUCUAAAAUUUCCAGCAAAAACCUGUUUGGACCUGCUACUGAUACUGGCUCGGAAUAAUGCUUCAUUGCCACCUUCCCUUCGCUGGAUGAAUUCUUUCCAGGUUGCAUUUUUGAAGAUGUGAAGGAACCUGUGAAGGCAAAAUUGCACUGAAGUUAACUUCAGCUAUAAAGGAUUGAGGAGAGAGGACCUUAACUGAGAGAUGAACUUGCUAAACCAAAAAAUAAAAUUAUAUAUUCAACUUGCCGCUUGUUGACCACUGAACAUUGAAACUUUGAAAGAAUGAAACAGCAGCACCUUGUUUAAAGUGGGAGGCUAAUUGUUGCACAACAGGGGUUCAGAGAGCUCUGUAAUUUGGGGUGUUGGGGACCUGGAAUUGUAAAUAGCAUUGUACUUACAUUUCCCAAAGAAGGGUUAUUUAUCUAUUACAGUUACCCCUGUUUUUUUUGUUUGUUUUUUUUAAUAAAGGAGCUGAUCGAAAUUCUUUCACCUUAUUGGGAAAUGAAAACCAACAAGCCAGAAAUAGUUUUGGAUAUUGUUCUGUGUACUUGGGGAAAAUAAAUAAUUUUGGAGCUGUAUAGUAGUCUACAACCCCAAUUAUAGAUAAGAACUGAUAUGUUUUGUAUGCAAUUCUGUAGUAUGCAAUUUUGCAGUAUAUAAUUCUUACAACAUGUUGCAAAGCAAUAAUGGUCACCUUGGAAGAAAGACUGGUUGGCUGCAGAUAUGUUUAUGGACUAGUUCCCACUUGCUAAGGGCUUGUUGCUUUAUCUCAACCUAUCCCGGUAAACCAGUGGUUCUCAACUUGUGGGUCCCCAGAUAGUUUGGCCUUCAACUUCCAGAAAUCCUAACAGCUGGUAAACUGACUGGGAUUUCUGGGAGUUGUAGGCCAAAACACCUGGGGACUCACAGGUUGAGAACUGUUGCUGUAAACAAACCGUUGCUAACUACCCACCAACUACAGUUAGACCUUGCUUAAAUCAUGGCUUGCCAUUGUUUCUGCAUCCUGAACAGUAUCUUACCAUCUAAGCUCUAGGAAUGCAUGUGUUAUGUUUUUCACCUAAUUGUGGACAAAGAAGAGACUGAAAUCAUGGCAGUGGGCAAGUUACAAUAUAUUUUAUAUUUGGAAGCAACAUACAGUAUACUCACACUACAGAACAAUAUCAGCACACCUCCCGAGGGCACACAGAUUCUAGGAGUGUAACCGUUUUAGAUAUUAUGCUACACAAAUUCCCUUACUUAGUCAUCAAUGAAUACCAGAGUACUGCCAAGCUGAAAUGUGGAACUUUUGAAUGAGAGUGUCAAGAAAAUGAUGGACAAUUGACCUGUGUGAAAAUGCUUUUGUGCUGAGAGAAAUAAAAAUAAUGCAUAUCCUUGCUAAA